AUGAAAGAUUUCAGUAAUCUUUCGUCAUCAUUAAAUCGAAUAUGUAUAAAUGAGUUUUUAAUACGUAGUCAUCCAUAUUUAAUUUCAAUGUGUAUUAACAAUACUUCUGAACAAAUUCAUAUAGAUAUUAAAAUUGAAGCUAGAGAAACUGGUGAACAAUGGAAAUCAAGUUUUGAUGCUAAUUAUAUUGAAACUAUGACAACAAAAACAGGCAAUUUUAAAUCAUUUAAUGUAUUUAUUGAUAUGCUCGAAAAUGCGAUAAAUCAAAAAAGUUCAUCAUUAAGUCUUGAUCUAUUAACUUGUGAUGAUCUUGAUUUAUUACGUAAAAAACAAGAAAAUCAUAAAAAAAAAUCCUCAACAAAACGUUAUUUAAUGUUGAUUUAUCAUGCUGAAUAUGAUCGUAUUUAUUAUCCAUUAUCUCUUCGAUAUUGUGAUAAAUCAGAUCAAAACAGUUUAGUAGAACAAAUGCAUCAAUUAAUUAUUGAAAAUCAAUUAUUAAAAAAUCAAUUUGAAUCAGAUAGUCAAAAUUUCAAUGAACAUGAGAAAUGUCUUCGUUUAAAAAAAGAAAAAGAUCAACAAAUUGAUUUUUUACGUCAAAUGAUUCGUACAAAUGAAGAUACUUUAAUUAAAGAACGAAUUCAUUUACAAAAAACGAAAACAAAAAAAAAUAAUCGUAAUAAAAUAUUUAAUGAUCAAAUUGAUUUAUUAAAAACAUCGGAAAGACAAUUAAAAUCACAAGUCAAAGUUUUAACAAAUGAAAUUGAUUUAUUAAAGAAAACUUGUUCACCAUAUGAUUCUCAACAACAAGUUAGAUCAUUAUCUCGUUUACGAUCAGGUGAUCAACGUCAAUGCCGUUCAGCAAGUAUAACUAAACGAUUACCAUCAGCAUAUAAUUCUGAUGGUCGUUUUAAUCCAACUGCUUAUAUUCAUGAAAGAAAUCUUAAAAUACGACAAACUGAAUGGCAAAAAAAAAAAGAAACACGUCGAAGAUUAAGUACUGGUCGAUAUCAUUCAGAUUCGGAUAUUAGUGAUAUUACUUCCAAUUGUAAUAAUAAUAACAAGUCAUAUAGUCAAAAACGAACUAAAACUAUUGAUCAACAUAAAUUCAAUGAUUCAUUUGAUUCCGAUAUUGAACGUGUUUCAUGGCCACUUGUCUUACACAAAGCUGCAUCGAAUAAUUCAACAAUUCUAUAUUCUCCCGAACAAAGUAAUUUUUCUAUUAAUGAUGAUAAUCAUGUAACUGAUAUUGAUCAACGUAUAAAAUCUUUACAGAAAUUUUAUAAACAAACUUUUACACAUUAA